CGGUGCAGAGAUUUGAUGCCUAAUUUGGUCUGCUGGGCGGGGAGCUGCUCCUCUAAGCUGCUAGUAAGUCAAGUCAGGGAGCCGCAGUCAGGAGUUGCAAUCUACCAUUGAAGAGCAGAGAGCAGCUGCUGCCAAAGUACGCAAGUUCUCUCUCUCCGAGUGGCUGAUGGUAAAAAUCUGAGGAAAGGACUCCCAAAAGUAAAUUUGACAAAAGAACCACAUCUCAGUUUCUCUCGUCACCUUCUACAUCCUCCAUCAUGGCUAUAGUCUUCCAUACCAGCCCCCUCCUAUGGACACGGUUGGCAGCCAUGAUCUUCGCCUGCGUGGCUUUCUCCGUGGCCGUGCAUGGCGGCAGAAUCGUCCAUGGCACCGGAGACUGGUGCAUCUUCUGCUGGGCCUUCAGCUUCGCCGGGACUCUGCUCGUUAUCCUGGUGGAGUUGUUCGGCCUGCAGACCAGAGCCCCCCUUUCCUGGAAGAACUUCCCCAUCACCUUUGCUUGCUACGCCGCCCUGCUCUGCCUGUCUGCCUCCAUCAUCUUCCCCCUCUACUUCCUCAAGGGCUCCACAGGCCAGCGUGAGAGCGACUUCCGCAUCGUGUCAACCGUCUUUUCCUGCCUGGCCACUAUCGCCUACAUGUGCGAGGUGAGCAUCAGCAAGGCGCGUCCAGGCGAGGUAGCCGGCUACAUGGCCACAGCCCCUGGCCUGUUGAAAGUCUGCGAGACCUUCGUGGCCUGCAUCAUCUUCGUCUUCGUCAGCGACCCUGUGUUGUAUGACCGCCAGCAUGAACUCAAGUACUGCAUGGCCGUCUACUGCAUCUGCUUCAUCCUGUCAGCGGCCAUCAUUCUGCUCUGCGUAGGAGAGUGCACCGGCUGCCUUCCCUUCCCAUUUGCCCGCUUUCUGUCUGCCUAUGCCCUGCUGGCUGUGGCCCUCUAUCUGUCAGCAACCAUCAUCUGGCCCAUAUUCAACUUUGACCCCAAGCACAACGGAACAAAAGACAGGCCAAGCAGUUGCAGCGGCACGCAGGGGCUGUGCAUUUGGGAUAAGCUCAUGGCGGUAGCCGUGCUCACCGCUGUCAACUUCAUCCUCUACCUGGCCGACCUGAUCUACUCCGCCCGCCUGGUGUUUGUCAGCGCUUGAGGGAAGAGAAAGGAUGUUAGGCCAGCAGUAUGCUCCAAAUGAAACUGAAUUUGGCAUGUUCUCAAAGGCUGUUGAACUGCUGUCAAAUAUGGUGCUGCGAGCAAAUGCCAGUGUACUCACCGCAACUCCGGUCAGUUCGCAUCCACACCCACUGGAGGAGCUCUGAGUCAUGAUGCGACCGUAGAGUUAAACCACAGCUGGUUUAGUUUGAGUUGUAUUGUAAUCUGGUGUGACACUAUUUGUUGUUUGAAAUGUUUAGUUCUUGAGCAAAUUAUAGUACUUGUAGUACAAAAUACAAGACUCCCAUAUUACUUGUGUUACAUUUGACCAAGGAUGUACUAGAGAUGAUGUAUUGGGGGCAGCAAACUAGGCUUUUCAAAGAGAUUGAUCAAAUCAAAAUCUUGUGCUUUUUGGGCCCCAAACUCAAAAUCUUGUCUCUGCAAACCUGCCAAAUUUGAUUUUGUGUGAAGUAUACUGCCUGCCUGAGGGCCUAAGAGAGAAAAGAAGAAGAGUAGAGGGAGAGGUUGAGGUCAGUGGCUAUGUUUACAUGUACAACAAUAUUCCCUUAAAUUACUAAGGUUUUGGGUUCAUGUAUUAGAGUGUGUAUAAACGUCAAACCUUGCUUCCAGUGGCUUGGAUAGACUCGUAACCUGAUUAUGAGAGAGCUGAAUGUGAUUGCUGGAACAUGACAUUAUCCAAGAAAUUAAAAUACAUGUUUAUCCUUUUUAAUGGCAGAUCACUGCCAACUUGGUGCCCAUUGUAAUACUCAAAACAUACAUAAUAUUUUUUUAUAUAUGCAUACAGGAAUGUUUGUUAUCUGGAUAUGAGUAAGCUAUUAAAAUAAUGUCUGACUCUAAAAAGGAUACAAGCUAACACCCAAAAUACUAUGUGCAUGUAAACAUAGUCGGUGAUGACAAAUGGAGAAAAACCAAAGUAAAUGGUAGCUUAUUAUUUUUUGCAUAAUGUAUAUGUCCGUGUUCUGCCUUAAGUCUGUUUUCGAUUUGACGUCUGAAAUAAAGAGACUGCUGAGGAGUAUUUUUGUUCACAACUGAAGAAAUAAAUAAAGAAAACAAUCAAUGAAUUUUAGUUGUAUGGAGCUUAGAUUAAAUUAGUUGUUGAAGAAAAAAAAAGACAAUCAAUUGGAAAAAGAUGGUUUCAAAGAAAAGUACAGUAAAUUUCAGUAAACAUAACUUCACAAGAUUAACAGGGAAUGGGACUGACUAUUUAGUUUUCCCAACAGUAUGCAGUGCAGCUGAUCAGGUUGCAUCAUUUAUCAGUGAACCUGACUGUUUUAAGACUCCAGUGUUACAAGACUUGAAGUAAUGCAAAAAUAGUUUAUGUGAUGUUAAGAUGAGCGCUAGGCCAGCUUUUUGCUCCUGUUAUGAUAUAUGUGUAUGUGUAUCCGCAAGCUACAAUCAAAGGCAAGAAUAUAUAUGUGGAAAGAACAUAUGCAAGAUUGUGGAUUUAAAAAAACAAGUAUGGUUUAAGUGCACUUAAUAUUAGUAUUUUCUAUGUGGGUUUUCCUGGUGUGUCCAAACAUUAAAGCAACUGUUAACACCAAACUCACAGCAAUAAAUUAAUUAACAUCGUCAUCGAUUGGGUCUUUUGAUUUUUGUACUGCUGUAAAAAAAAAAAAAAAAGAAAAAACUCAGAGAAAUAGACCAAAAAUGAUGCUUCUCUCUCUGUUGAUGUUAGUGUUAUAUUCUUUAACUUUUUUAUAUUCCACUGUUCAUGCCUAAAGAGUGCAUACCACAUCCAUGUUGUAGGAAAAUGUAAUCCAAUGUUUCAAUAAAACCACAUUGUAAACAGA